UUUCUCAUUUAUGUAUUAUGUUUAAAUGCAUUACAAUCUGCCAGCCUUUCCUAAGGUAGCAUAUCUGAUCCAUUGGCUCAUUUAACGGCGGUAUUACUGACCUCGGCUUCUUUGCCUGAAGUGUUUGUAUUUUAAGGUGGUAUUGUUGAAUUAGAGAGUCUUUUUCAAAAUGGUAUUAAAAUAAAAUAAUCCUACCGGAUUACAGCAGCACAUAGGUAAAGUGCACACUAGAGUCAUAGUAAAAUCAAAAACAAGUGAUAUAAAUAAAAAACACUAAUAAAAACAGAGUAACUGAAUAUUCUAUAUACAGACAAUACAUAUAACUAUUUUGCACAGGUUGAAAUGUUUAAAGUGGUUGAAGUGUGUUGUGGUGAAGUUAAAGUGGUUGAAGUGUGUUGUGGUGUUCUGGGAGCAUCAGGGAUGGACACCACCUCCACCGUACCCAGUGGACACCAGCAGGGUGCUGGUGGAGGUGUUGUCCAUCAGGGAUGAGAGCUUAGCCAUCAGCCUCCUGUCUCCCAGCACCUCCACCGUACACCAGCACCCUGCUGGCUUUCGUUACCAGUUAGUCUUCCUGUCAGCUGUGGAGAUGCUGCUGCUCCAGAAGACCACUCCAUAGAAGAUGUCUGAUGCCACCACUGAGUGUCUCCUCAGCAGAUGGUCCUUUUUAUAGAGAGCAUGUGUGUGUUCAGUCCAGUUUAUUGUUCAGGUGAACACGAGGUACUUAUAAGAUCUCUCAAUGUCCAUUCCCUGGAUGUUCACUGGUUCCGGAGGAAGUCCACCACCAGCUCUUUGGUUCUACCAGCGUUGACUGGAGGCGGUUCCUCUAAAGUCCUGUAUUGUUGGUCUUCCAGUCUGUUUAUAAGAGUUAUGGGGAUCAGUCCAGCAGAGGCCGAGCAGACAGAAUGCAUGCUGGGAGCUCACAGGGCUCCUCAGGGAACAGCCAGAGUGCUCCGAUCUUCAGGAACGUCGUCAAGACGCUGCUCGGACUCAACGGCUCAAACCGAGGAGCUUCAGCAGCCAAUCACAGAGGAGCUUCAGCAGCCAAUCACAGAGGAGUAUGGAGCCACCAAUCAGAGUCUGGACAGAGAGCCGAGUCGUCCUCGACUUCUUUCUCCAACGGGUGGCGCCCUAAAAGAGCGUCAGACCGACUGCUUCCGCCCGAUGUGACCCCCGAUUGUCCGUCUCCACCACAGAAGAAGAAAAGUGACCUUACUGCCUCGGCAACUCGGCGACUCUCAGUCGACUCGCUGGACUCUCUGGCAGGUCUGAGGGGUGAGUGGCAUGCUGGGAGUUUGAGUUCCUCAGCGUUGAGAGAGACACCGUUGGGCAGAUGUGGAUCAGCUGAGAGGAAGCAUCAGGAGAAGAAGAACUCGUCUUCCUCGGGGUCAGACCAGACGUCAGAAGACGACUUUGUGUCCCCGGCCAGAGACACGCCCUCUGUGAUCUCACCGAGGAGGCGGAGCCUGGACCGGAGGGCGUGGCUUAGCAAACAGAUGGACGACGUGAGAGAGAAGGAGAGGAAGAGAUGGAGGGAGUUCAGUGGGAGGAAGACGAGUGGCCUUCGUCUUUACCUGAAGAAACCCAGAAGCACUCCAACAGAACCCAUCGUCCUCUCCAGUGAGGAAGAGGAGGAAGAGGAAGAGGAGGAUGAAGGAGACAGAGGAAACAGGACGUCACAGAGUCGAGUGGAGGAGGCGACGACUUCCAAAGGUGAAGAAGAUGAGAACAACCUUCCUCUUCCUGCUCUUCUUCCUCCUUCUCCUCCUCCUCCUUCUCCUCCUCCUCCUCCUCCUCCUCCUCCUCCUCCUCCUCCUCCUCCUCCUCCCUUCCUUCAGCUGGACUUCGUCUCGCUUCACGCCGGCCUGACGCAUGCCGACGCCAACGGGAAGAUGAUGAUCAAUGAGAAUGGCUUAAUCGUUCCUCUGAAAGGAGUCGAGGACGGGGAGAUCGCCCUGGUGGCGUCUCAGGUCCGGGGUUACGGCGUCUGCGACGGCGGCGUAGUUCAGGGCGGGGCCCUAUUGGCCGGUUGGGAAGGCCCCGCCCCCUCACUGCUCUUCCUGUGGGUGACUGACGCUCAGGCCAACUUACUGCAGAGGGAGCUGUCCUCCAUCCAGACCCCCACAUCAGGUACACUUGGAAACCAGGAACCAGGCCCGGCGUGCUCCUUCCUUCUGCUGGUGUUGAAGGAGCAGCUGCAGGAGCUGCAGGCCGCCCUGCUGGCCUCCAUCAUGGACAUGGAGGAAUACAGGAAGGGCUGCUCCUCCUCCGGCGGACCAACCUCCCCUCUAGAGUGGACCGACGGGCUCCUGCUCCUCCACAGCUGUCCUCCUCCUCUGGACCAGCACCUCCUCCAACUGUUGGGACACUCUGCUGUGAGAAACAAUCAGAAGAAUAAGAAGUCACAGCCGAACUCUUCUGGUCUGCAGCAGCUUCCCACCAGGUUGAUCCAGUACCCGGCGGCGCCAUGUAAAGGCCGGAUCACGGUUACAAAGGAGGACCUGGCCUGUCUGAGCGGCGGCGAGUUCCUCAACGACGUCAUCAUCGACUUCUACCUCAAGUUCCUCCUCCUGGAGGGUGUCGGGGGCUCGGUAGCCGAGCGGAGCCACGUCUUCAGCAGCUUCUUCUACAAACAGCUGAGCAGACGAAGAGCUGCCGGAGACGAUGGCGCCCCCUCUGUCCCCGAUCGUCACAUGAGGCAUCAGAGGGUGAAGACCUGGACCCGCCACGUCGACAUUUUCACCAAAGACUUCCUGUUUGUGCCUGUCAAUCAAGAAGCUCACUGGUUCCUGGUGGUCAUAUGCUUCCCGGGUCUGGAGGAGGUUCAGUACCAAGAGUUUCAGAGCUUAACAGGUGGAGCAACGCUUCCUGCAGGUAAACCUUCAUCCUUGAGCCUGAGAUCACAGCAGCUACCGGAGUGCACUCAGCGGAGCUGGCAGAGGGACACGGUGUUGAAGAGGCCGUGCGUCCUCGUCAUGGACUCCCUGAAGCUUUCGUACCACGAGAACAUCUGCCGGCUCCUCAGAGACUACCUGCAGGUGGAGUGGGAGGUCCAUCGGGGAACGCCUCGGCUCUUCACGGCGGACAGCGUGAGGAGCUCCAGCUGCAGAGUCCCUCAGCAGGACAACAGCAGCGACUGUGGACUGUACCUGCUGCAGUACGCUGAAAGCUUCCUGCAGAACCCUGUGGUACACUUUGACCUCCCGUUGCGGUUGGACAACUGGUUUCCACGCCAACGGGUGCGGCAGAAGCGCGAGGAGAUCCGAACUCUGAUCAUGAAGAUGCACCAGAGUCAGAAGGGAGGGAACUGAAAACCAAAAACCCAUCGAGCCGUGAAUUCACCUGUGCAAUACAUCAUUUAUAUUAAAUAUUUAUUAGUCUAGUUUUUGUUUUGUGUGUAUGUAAAUAACUUUAUACUGAAAAUAAACCUUGAUAAUUAUAAUAAUGA